GGAGCGUCACCCCGACCUGACGCACUCUUGUACCAGAGCGCAGCUGUCACCAUUACUUCAUGCUUAUUGGCCCAAGACCGAGAGAGGCAGAGGCAAACAACCGGAGUGAGAGAGAGAGAGAGAUAGUUGGACCCCUGCGCUCUGCUCCAUCGAUCUGCGGAGGCGCACAGAGGAGUUCUACCGGACGUUGGACACAAUUUCUGCGCUUUCGGUUUUUUUUAGGGGGAAUGCCAAAAGUGGAUUCACGGUUUGGAACAUGCUACUGGGCAAUUUGGUAGUGGUUGUGUUCUGUCUGUGGGGUACUGAUGUCAGCAGAGCUUAUGUUUUUCAAGCCAGUAGACCUUUAGAUGGAGGAGACAACCCACCACCUCACACUAAAGUCGUCUCAGAGUGGAUCAGCUCAGCGGGCUCCUGCAAGGGGAGGUGCUUUGAGCUGGAGGAGGCCAAACCUCCAGGAUGCAGGUGUGACAAUCUGUGUAAAACCUACUACAGCUGCUGCACUGACUUCGACGAGCACUGCCUGAAAACAGCGGGAGGUUUUGAGUGCACUCAGGCUCGCUGCGGGGAGGAGAGGAAUGACGACCACGCCUGCCACUGCUCAGAGGACUGUCUGGAGAAGGGAGAUUGCUGCUCCAACUACAAGUCACUCUGCAAAGGUGAGACUUCAUGGGUGCAAGGAGACUGUGAGGACAUCAAGAGUGCGGAAUGCCCUGCAGGCUUCAUCCGUCCUCCCCUCAUCAUGCUGUCUGUCGACGGGUUCAGAGCCUCCUACCUGAAGAAGGGCAAAUCUGUCAUUCCCAACAUACAUAAACUCCGCGCAUGUGGUACUUCAGCACCCUACAUGCGACCAGUCUACCCAUCGAAGACCUUCCCAAAUUUAUAUACACUAGCCACAGGUCUCUACCCAGAGUCCCAUGGGAUUGUGGGGAACACCAUGCACGACCCGGUGUUUAAUGCCACCUUCAGUCUGCGCACCAGAGAGAAACUGAACCACCGCUGGUGGGGCGGACAGCCUAUCUGGAUCACAGCGGAGGAACAAGGAGUGAAAGCAGGCACUUUCUUCUGGCCUUGGGUGAUUCCUCUGGAGAGGAGGAUUUUGACCAUCCUGCGCUGGCUGCAUCUGCCCGAUGAUGAGAGGCCGUACGUUUACGCUGUCCACUCAGAGCAGCCGGAUACCUUCGGACAUCGGCUGGGACCGCUCAGCAGUGAGCUGGACAACCCUCUGAGGGAGAUCGACAACAUCAUCGGUCAUCUGAUGAACGGUCUGAAGCAGAUGAACCUGCAUCGCUGCAUCAACGUUAUUGUCGUAGGGGACCAUGGUAUGGAGGAGACCCACUGCGAUCAGACAGAAUUUCUCAGCAGCUACCCGCUCAACAUAGAUGAGAUCACGCUGAUCCCCGGCUCACUGGGCAGAAUACGACCCCGCGACCCCAAAUCCACCACAUAUGACCCCAAAGUUGUGGUUGCAAACCUCACUUGUAAAAUGCCAACUCAGCACUUCAAGCCGUACCUGAAGCAGCAUUUACCCAAGAGGCUUCACUACGCCAACAACCGCAGGAUCGAGGAUGUCCACCUGCUGAUGGAGAGGAAGUGGCACAUCGCCAGGAAAAUGCCAGAAAAACUGAGGACUCGGUGUGGUUUCUUUGGUGACCACGGCUUUGAUAACAAGAUAACCAGCAUGAGGACCAUAUUCAUGGGUCAUGGGCCGAGCUUCAAGUUCCAGAAAAGAGUGCCAGAGUUUGAAAAUAUAGAAUUAUAUAACGUCAUGUGUGACUUGUUGGGGUUGAAGCCGGCCCCUAACAACGGCACACACGGCAGCUUGAACGAUAUGCUGAAAGAACCGCUGUACCACCCCAGCAUGCCAGAGGAAGUGACGCCGCCAUCGCCGACGUCCGACCCUGAUGCCACUGUGACCCACGACCUGGGCUGCAGCUGUGAUGAUGAGAACAAAGUAGAGGAGAUCAUUGAAGCCUUCAGUCCUCCACCAGAUGGAAUCUACAGUUACAACAGUACACACCUCCCAUUUGGUCGUCCAGCCGUGAUGUUUGACACUCAGUACAGUUUGCUUCAUCAUGUGGAGUUCAUCAGCGGGUACAGCAGAGAGCUGGCCAUGCCUCUGUGGACAGCAUACACACGACAUGACUCCUGUUCCGGAGGUUUCCCCCGGUGUUCAGUGUGUCCGAGUCGACUCCAGAGUGUCAGCUGAUCACAGUCAGAGCUGCACCACCUACAGCCAGAACAACCAGCUCACUUAUGGCUUCCUCUUCCCCCCAGAGCUGGCGUCGUCUCCAGAGUCCAGAUAUGACGCUUCGCUCAUCACCAACACCGCCCCUAUGUACCCGGCCUUCAAGAGAAUAUGGAGUUACCUGCAGGGGACGCUGCUGAGGCGUUACGCAGAGGAAAACAAUGGUGUCAACGUCCUCACUGGGCCCAUCUUUGACUACAACUACGACGGCCUCAGAGACACCACAGAGAAGAUAAAAGAGUUCUCGGCCGACGGCCCGUCCGUCCCCACCCACUUCUACACAGUGGUGACGAGCUGCCAGGAGCUGAACCAGACUGUGGAGGAGUGUGAGGGGGCGCUCAAGGUCUUUUCCCUCUUGCUCCCACACAGACCCGACAACAGUGAGGCCUGCCAUAAUGCAGAGGAUGAAUCGCAGUGGGUUGAAGACCUGCUGAAGCUCCAUACGGCCCGAGUCAAAGACGUGGAGAUCCUGACGGGGCUGGACCUCUACCGGUCUACCAACCUCACCUACACCAGCACCCUGAGCCUCAAAACCUACCUGCACACCUUCGAGAGUGACGACUAGAAGCAAAGAGAGACAGACACACACAUACAGGAUGUAGCCCUUUGUAGAAGUUCUGCAUUUUCACUGCAUGCUCGCUGGAUAGCCGGCGCAUCGUUGUUCCACUCCUCAGGAACUGCCCGAGAAGUGCUUGGAAAAGGGAACACAUUUUUGAAAAUUGAAAAAAAAAUUAAAAGAAUGGUUUGACAAGUAGUAGUUUGGAAGAUUACAACAGGAAUAUUCAAUUCUAUCCAACAAAUCUGGGAAAUAUUAAGCACAGCAAUGAUGCUGAAUAGCAACAUUUUUCAUAAAUACAGUUUAUACAGUACAUCGUCAUGCACCCUUAAAGGACCAAAUUGUUGUUUUAGCCCCUUAACUGUUAACAAUGUAUAUUCUUACUGACCAUCCCUUGCAUGCUGUAGAAUUUAAUUUUUUUGAAUGUGUCUCUUCUUACUCAUAAAAAUUACUAAUCACAGUCUCUGUUAUUUUUUGUCAAAUAUCAUUGUGAGGUAACACAGUGAGGCCUUCUCAUAGCAAACUGCGCUCAGACUAACUUGCACUCAAUUUUCAUGCUGUAUAGAAAUACAUUGACGCUAAUGGCUGCCUGAAUAGUUGGAAAAAUACAUAAAGAUAUCUGCAGCAUGGUUUGCAAAAUAGUCAGCAGUAAUAUAAAGUAUUUGCAGUUGAUGGGCUAAAACAUGCAACAUUGCUGGUAUGCUUCUGUACAGGAAUAGUUUGACAUUUUGGGAAAUAUACCUUUUCUUUUUCUUGUUUAGAAUUAGAUGAAAAGAUUGAUGCCACUGUCAUGCCAGCAGCUGGGUAGCUUAGCUUAGCAUAAAGACUAGCCUGGCUUUGUCCAAAGGUAACAAAAUCUGCCUACUAGCACCAACAUGUUAUAUCUUGUUUGUUUACUCCAAAUAAACAUAUUUCCCAAAAUGUUAAGCUAGUCCUUUAAAAACACAUACAAUACACAUUUAAACAUGUAGAGAUUAUAUAAACUCGUCAUGUGUACACCAGGGUCAGAAGUAUGUGUCAUUAAACACAAGAAAAAUAAUUUAAGCCCUUUGAUGUAGUUUACAACUUUUAUGACUACUAACAAUGGUUUCCACAUAAAUAUUUGACUAUUGCUCUUUGUGGGUUACCACAGGUGCUUAUUGUAUAACUGAGAAGGAACAGUGUUAUUGUUGAUGUAAAAAUAAUCAUGUGGUUUGACUGUGUGGCUUGAAAUCAGACGGAAGACCCACAUGAUGCAGUCAGAUAGAAAUGCUGACCAAUACAAGCCUAUGCGUCAAUAGCAAAUAUGGUGGAAAAAAAAUGUCAAGUUCACGGCUGAGAUGUCUCUUUCCCGUUUUUUAUGACCUACUGAGUUUCCAUUGGUGUGUAAGACAAAUCUAAAUGGUACACAUGGAAGGUUUCCGUACACAUAAAACACACACAGACACUUACCAACUGCAACAAUAUUCUCACUGUUUUCACACCCUCCUGCCUCAUAUCUCUCUUUCCCUCCGUCUUAGCUGAUCAUUUAGGUGUAUAUUUUUAUACAAUUUAUAAUAUUUAUUACGCAGAAUCUAAUUAUAACCGCACCUAAUAUUACAGUAUUAAUCCAGUGUAAAAGAUCUGUCCCUGUUUACUGUAAUAAGAUAGAAAUAGACAUCUAAUGUAUUGCUUGGUUUAAAGAAGGUGACAACACUGAUGCUGCCUUAAAGGAAAAUUAUUAUUUUUUUAUUUAAAAAGACACGUUUUAUUUUCAUACUUUUGGUAUACAUUUUACUCAUCAGCGUUGUUGGGGAAAGGUAGCCACACCACAAUGAAGAGGUUUACAUCAUCAGUCCCUGAGGCAGGUUUAAAACAUGUCCAGUUUUAAUGUUUUGCACCACCCUAACCACUCACAGGAUUUGGAGGUGAAAUUGAUGGUUAACAUUCCUAAAAUGUCUUCCUUAAAAUUCUUCUUUUUUAUAUCUGCGUACAUGCCCAACUGUUGUUAAGGGUCAGUUAGGUCAGACAUAACAUAUAAAGUUUACUAUGUAGGAAUAUGAUAGAAAUUAUAAUGAGCAUUCAUAUUUACAUUGGUAAAAUUGGUUCACCUUCAUGGUAAUCCAGCUGUGCCCUGCAGAACUGUUGGGUCCCAAAGUAUUUGCAAAAUUACUGAAGACACCCAAAACUACAAUCAGGUUGCAAAUUGAUUUUCCUUUCAUUCACUAUCAAUAGCUCAACAACACUGGUCUCAUUUUUUGUUUGUUACCACAGUCACCCUGUCUCCUUAUUUGACUUCCUGCAGUCACACUUUCAAUUCUGCAGAGAGAAAAGUAGUCAGAACCGGUAUUUUUUCGUAACGUUACACUGAUGAGUUAACAUAGCUAGCUAUCUAGGUAAUCAAUAGAAAAUAAUCAAUAAAAAGCCAAUAAAAUGACUGAAGAGCUUGCCAUACUGUAGAUGAAAUCAUGUAUAUUCCUGUAGUCUUUCAAAUAAAAGCUGUAGAGACUUUGAA